CUUAUUAACAUCUUGUAAAUUUUGUUGAUAUCUUAGUUCAAUGUUUUGCCCUUGAGUUCUACAGGCCUGCUGCAUUGCUAAUCCAAAAAAUCACAAACACAGAAUUUGGUAUAGGUGAAUUGGGUGGUAAGCUGGCAACCAUGGAUAUGAUGCUUGCAACAGUGGCACUUGUCCUAUGGCUAUCAAGAGAUUUAGUCGAAGCAGCUCCACCAAUGGCAAAACCUGGUUGUCCAGAUAAGUGUGGAAAUGUUACUAUUCCGUAUCCAUUUGGUAUUGGUUCAAGGUGCUAAAAAUUUCCUUAAAGUCGCCAGAAGUGACAAUUAAUGCUUCCAUGGCUGUUAACUGUAAUGGACAAGCUACAACAUGGACGAGUGCUAACUUGGGUGGAAGCCCAUAUAGUUUCUCCUCCAUUUACAAUGAUUUUGCUCCUAUAAAUUGUGUAGGGACUUCUUUUUUCAAUGUUGGGGACAAGGUAGUGGCUCGUUGUGGAUCAGUUUGUAAUAGUAAAAUCAGGGGCAAUUCGACAUCCCAGAAAUCGAUUUGCUUAUCUGGUCUCCCCUAUCCCCUGAGUGUUUACAGUGUUAACAUCACUCUAACUAAUGGGACUUGCAGCUAUGUCUUAUUAGCAAACCGUGAUUUCUUGAAUUAUCUUUUAUUAUCUAACCCUCAGCAUUCACUAUUGUCCCUAGUUAGCAGUGGAAGUCAUAUACCGGUUAAUCUUGAUUGGAAAUAUUUUUAUUUACCUGAUCAAUCAUCAAAUGAUUCCGGUUCUGGAAAUUGUUACAUGCAUCAAGCUAAUGGUGAUUACACAUGUAGCUGCCUGCAACGACAAGGUGGUAAUCCUUAUCUUCCUAACGGAUGCCAAGAGUCGCCACGAUGUGCAAGCUGCAAAGGUGAUUGUUACAUCACUUCUGAUGAUUAUAUGGAUGCUAGGUGUUUUAUAACUAAAAAGAGCAGGAACCUUCUGGGAGUUGUGCUAGGAUUGAGUAUUGGUGUAGGAUCAUUAUUGGUGUCUGUAGGUUGCUAUUGGUUGUGGCAGAUUUUGAAGAGAAGGAAGAAGAUAAAACUAAGAGCUAAGAACUUCAAACAAAAUGGUGGUUUGCUUUUACAAAGACAAAUGUGUUACAAUGAUUGUGUUGUGGAGAAAACAAAAGUUUUUACUGUCAGCGAAUUAGAGGUAGCCACAGAUAAUUUCAAUGAGAACAGAAUACUUGGGUAGGGUGGCCAAGGUACAGUUUACAAAGGUAUGCUGACGGAUGGAAGGGUUAUAGCAGUUAAGAAAUCCAAAAAAGUUGAUGAAAGCCAAUUAGAGCCUUUCAUAAACGAGGUAGUUAUCCUCUCUCAAAUUAACCACAGAAAUGUGGUUAAACUUCUAGGGUGUUGUUUGGAAACUGAUGUACCUCUUCUUGUUUACGAGUUCAUCCCAAAUGGAACACUUUCUCAGCAUAUCCAUAACCCAAGUGAAGAGUUUCACAUUCCUUGGAACAUGCGCUUGCAAAUUGCUGCAGAAUCAGCAGGUGCAAUUGCAUACCUUCAUUCAUCGUCGUCUACUCCUAUCUACCACAGAGAUAUUAAGUCUUCAAAUAUACUUUUGGAUGACAAAUACAGAGCAAAAGUUUCCGAUUUUGGCACUUCAAGGACUAUACUGAUUGAUCAGACUCACUUGACUACUCAAGUUAAAGGGACAUUUGGAUAUUUGGAUCCAGAGUACUUCCAAUCCAACCAAUUCACUGAAAAAAGUGAUGUUUAUAGCUUUGGAGUAGUCCUUGUUGAGCUCUUGACUAGCAAGAAGCCAAUAUCUCCAGACAAAUCUAAAGAAUGGAGAAGUCUUGCCACAGAGUUUCUUCUUAUGAUGGGAAAUUUCUGUUUCUCUGAUAUCCUUGAUCCUGAGGUUUCAAACGAGGCAAAGCAGGAAGAGCUAGAGGCUGUGGCUAACCUUGCUAAAGAAUGCUUGAACUUGAAUGGAAAGCAAAGGCCUACUAUGAAAGAAGUUGCUAUAAUACUCGAGGGGCUGCAAUCACGAAAUGAAACUACUUCAGUACAGCAGACGCUCCCUGAAUGUAACCAAGCAGUUGCUGAUAUAAGUGUGGUGUACACAGCCUCCCUCAGCUCAAGCUUAUUCUCUUCCCAGGAAGUUGCUGCAUUGAUGCCAAUCUCGUGAUUUCUGUGGAACUUCAGGUUAAAGUUGUAGGCAUAGUUAUUUUGUUAAUUCAAGCCCUUUCUUAUGUGUCAAUAUGACAAUAUGUUGUUAUAUUAGAGAUGUGCACGACUGCGCGUAUAGCACGGAACGAGCUUGGUUUUAAGUUUGAAUCAAUACAAAGUACUCUAUAUAUAUAGUCACACAAACUACUUUCAGAUUCAGAUAUUGUAAAAAUUUUGUUUCCUUGCUUAUUUUUUGGCAGUAGUGCAUGUAUGAUGCGAAAGAAUGAUAUAGUUAUGUAGCAUUAUAAAGGUUAUUAUAGCAUAA